GCUCAUUGGUCUGUUCAAAAUAUGAUUCCGUUCGCAGAGCUCUCACUGAAAACACUGGUCGAAUUCUAUGCAAAUACGGCGCAUUACCAUGAAAUCGUCGAAUCCACAAUUCUUGUUGAUAUUGUACGAUGUUUGAGCGAACCAAUGGAGUUGAAGUAUGAGUGUCCGUCGCAAACCACUUGGAAGGCCGCAUGUUCUGCGUUCAUCACGAUUGUUCGUUUAGGAAUACCGAUUGCAAGACAACAAGGUGACUGGCUGAUCAUUUCAUUUAAUUUGAAUUCACUUUUCAAUCCAUUCCUAUGA